AUGUGGCCCAAGCAUGCCGUACAUUUCAUCGCACUGUCGUUCGUGAUAUCGUGCCCAUUCGCAGAGAUUAUUGCGAAUGUCAGCCAAUUAUCGAGAACAACAUACGAUUUCAUUGUUGUAGGAGGAGGCACAGCAGGAGCCGUUGUGGCGAGCAGGUUAUCCGAGAACCUCAACUUCAAAGUGCUUCUUAUCGAAGCUGGGUCAUCGAACGUGGGCGUUACGAAAUCACUCGUACCGGGUCUCUUCAGGGACCUCCAGAAAUCGAUAUAUGACUGGAACUAUACCACGGUUCCUGGAACGGGCAUAGCUAAUCGAACCUUGGAUUAUCCCAGAGGACACAUACUGGGGGGAACCAGUUCGAUUAACGGCAUGGCAUAUACCCGAGGCUCUCGAGACGACUACGAUAGGUGGGCUCAAGUGACUGGAGAUCCUGGAUGGUCAUGGGACAGCAUAUCGCCAUACUUCUUCAAGAACGAGAAAUUCCUCAACUCUGUUUACGAUGGCAAUAGUGGGUUGACCCCAGUCAGUGAUCCUUCAGCUCACGGCUUCAACGGGUCAAUGUUCACUGGCCUGCCAGUCAACGCGAUGACAAUUGACCAAAGAGUCAUUCAAGUUACUCAAGAACUCCCGUCGAUAUUUCCAUUUCUAAAGGAUAUAAAUUCUGGGACGCCUCUAGGAGUUGGUUGGAAUCAAGCUAGCAUCGGAAACGGGAGCAGAAGUAGCUCCGCGACAGCGUACCUUUCAAUCGCGGCCACGAGCCGCGUCAAUUUGGAUGUCCUCGUGAACACUAAAGUCACCCGCGUCUUUGGGACGUUGAAUUCUUUCAACUUUGUUCAAGUUGCGGAUUCUGAGACCAUUCUCAAGGCCAAUAAAGAAAUCAUUCUGUCGGCCGGAUGUAUCAACACCCCGCACAUUCUACUCAACUCUGGUAUCGGCGAUGAGACUGAACUGACAGCACUCAAUAUCUCAAAGAUUCUGCAUAUCCCCAGUGUCGGCAAGAAUUUAACCGAUCAACCAAAGGUGUCGGUCCAAUAUUCCGUCAACUCAAAUGGGUUCUGGGAUACAAUCAAUACGAACACUACCUUACAAGCCAUGGCUAUGUCCUUAUGGAGUCAGAACGGGACGGGUCCUUACGCCAGCCCCUUUUCCAAUUUCCUCGCAUGGUCGCGCCUCCCAGAUGAUUCGCCUGUUAUCUCUGAAUUUGGGGACCCUUCUCCAGGACCAAAUGCGCCUCACAUUGAGCUUUUCCCUGUGAGCGCUUCUUCAUCCGCCACUGAACCGGGCCUCGUUGGAUCAAUGGCUGCUAUAUUAUUAUCCCCUAAAUCUCGUGGGUCAGUGACGCUCAACCCGGAGGAUCCCUCAGGACCGCCCGCGGUCGAUCUUGGAUUUUACACCUCGGACUUCGAUAUGAGCGCCAUGGUAUACGCGAUAAAGCUCGCACAGCAAUUUUACAGUGCAAAAGCGUUCAACGGAUAUAUCCUCCAGCAACUUUCUCCUCCACCAAACUCGACAGUCGACGAGUUGAAAGCAUAUAUCCGCACGUCGACUACCACUGUAUACCACGGCGUCACCUCUGCAUCUAUGUCUGCCAAAGGUGCUAGCUAUGGUGUCACGGAUCCAGAUUUGAGGGUUAAAGGCGCAAAUGGCUUGCGUAUCGUUGAUGCGUCGGUUAUUCCAUUUAUACCCGCCGCUCACAUACAAGCGCCUGUGUAUGCUGUUGCGGAGCGUGCUUCAGACCUCAUAAAGGCUACAUGGAGUUGA